CAUCCCCUGCAUCACGUGCUUCCUCUGCUCUCCCCUCGCCAUGGGAAUAACAGAGCAUCCCGGCGCCGUCUUCCCUUCAGCCACCGCCAUUCCCUCGCCGGAAUUCCCGCGCCGGGUGCCUGUUCCCCCACAUCGUCCUUUUGCAGAGGCACUGGGGGCCAACUUGAAAGAAACUUUCUUCCCCGACGACCCCCUGCGGCAGUUGCGGCAGGCUCGCGGACCGCGGAGGCGCCUGCUGGCCGUUUUAGCCUACCUCUUCCCGGUCCUAAAUUGGGCCCCCAGUUACGACUUGUCCCUCUUCCGGUCCGACCUCGUCGCCGGAAUUACCAUCGCCAGCCUCGCCAUCCCGCAGGGGAUCAGCUACGCCAAGCUCGCCAACCUGCCGGCGGUGAUGGGCUUAUAUUCGAGCUUCGUGCCGCCGCUGGUGUACGCGAUGAUGGGGAGCUCGAAGGACCUGGCGGUGGGGACGGUGGCGGUGGCCUCUCUGCUCACCGCGUCGAUGCUCGGGAAGGAGGUCUCGCCGGCGCAGUACCCGACGCUGUAUAUGCACUUGGCCUUCACCGCCACCUUCUUCGCUGGCGUCUUGCAAGCUUCCCUCGGCCUCUUGAGGUUAGGGUUCAUAGUCGACUUCCUCUCCCAUGCAACCAUUGUAGGGUUCAUGGCGGGAGCUGCAACAGUGGUGUGCCUUCAACAGCUCAAGGGCAUGCUCGGCCUCCCACACUUCACCACAGCAACUGACCUCGUCUCUGUCAUGGAAUCUGUCUUCUCACAAACCCACCAGUGGAGGUGGGAAAGUGUGGUUCUUGGCUGCUGCUUCCUCUUCUUCCUCCUCCUCACACGUUAUCUCAGCAAGAAAGGCCAAAAAUUCUUUUGGAUAUCGGCGGCAGCACCAUUGACUUCAGUUAUACUCGGAAGCCUUCUUGUGUAUCUCACUCAUGCAGAAAACCAUGGUGUCCAAGUGAUCGGGCAUCUGACGAAGGGAAUAAAUCCACUGUCAGUAAGCAACUUAGUGUUCACAGGGCCAUACAUGAUGGUAGCUCUAAAGACUGGUUUCAUUACCGGCAUCAUUGCUCUUGCGGAAGGGAUAGCCGUCGGAAGGAGUUUUGCCAUGUUCAAGAACUAUCAUAUUGACGGAAACAAUGAGAUGAUUGCAUUUGGUACGAUGAACAUUGUUGGAUCUUUGACAUCGUGCUAUCUAACGACCGGGCCGUUCUCGAGGUCAGCAGUGAACUACAAUGCCGGUUGUAAAACCGCAAUGUCGAACGUAGUGAUGGCUAUCGCGGUGAUGAUCACUUUGUUGUUCCUAACGCCUUUGUUCCACUACACUCCUUUGGUCGUCCUCUCCGCCAUUAUCAUCGCCGCCAUGGUCGGCCUUAUCAACUACGAGGCCGCCGUUCACUUGUGGCAAGUGGACAAGAUCGACUUUUGUGUUUGCAUGGGGGCUUACUUAGGGGUUGUCCUUGGGAGCGUCGAGAUUGGACUAGUCCUUGCAGUCGUGAUAUCCCUUCUUAGGGUUCUAUUAUUUGUUGCAAGGCCAAGGACGACUGCCCUUGGAAAUCUUCCAAACUCCAUGACCUACCGACGAAUGGAUCAGUAUUCGACGGCACAGAGCGUCGCCGGCGUGCUCAUCCUUCGGGUCGAUGCCCCGAUAUACUUUGCUAAUGCAAGCUACUUGAGGGAGAGGAUAUCAAGGUGGAUUGAUGAAGAGGAAGAGAAGUUACAAUCCAAUGGAGAGACAAACUUAGAAUAUGUGAUAUUAGACUUGGGAGCUGUUGGAAGUAUCGACACGAGCGGAAUCGGCCUGCUGGAAGAGCUGAAGAAGAGUUUGGAAAGAAGAUGCCUUCAGAUGGUGCUUGCAAACCCCGGGAGCGAGGUGAUGAAGAAGCUGGACAAGUCGAAGGUGCUCGAAGCGAUCGGGCAGCAGUGGAUCUUCCUCACCGUGGCUGAGGCUGUUGCUGCAUGCAAUUUUAUGCUGCAUGCAUGCAAACCUGCAGCUUCCAAUGGUGCUAAUUCCAUUGCAGACGUUACUGCUACAACUGACCACCAAGUAAUUAUGCAUGAUGAUCAUGACAAUAUUGUAUGAGGACCAAUUGAUAUCAAUAUUAUUGUUGAUAUAAUAUAAUAAUAGAUUAUGAAUAUAGAUUUUAUGAUCAUGAUCUCUCAUGAUUAACUAUGAGGGAUAAACACUGAUCAAACUUGUAGUUUUGAGUUCUCCGAUCAACAAUUGACAUAUAUAUUAUGGGCUGUUGGAGGUUACCUCA